CCUGCCCUGCCUGGCAUGGGCACCCACCCCCUUGCAUGUGCUGGGCACUGCCUCCUGCCCGUCCCCGUCCCCUGCCCCACACCCAACGCUGGCUUCCCAGCCCCGAUCCCCGGCCCCCGGGUGCUGACCCUGCCUCUGCGUCUGUCCCAGGACACGGCCAGCCGGUUCCUGCACCGCCUGGGCCACACCAUGGUGGAGGGGCCGGAGGCCACGCUCUGGAUGUUCGGGGGCCUGUCCCUGCGCCAGGGGUUGCUGGGCAACGUCUACAGGUACUCCAUCCCGGAGCGCCGCUGGACCCAGAUGCUGGCGGGGACGGAGGACGGGGGGCCGGGGCCCAGCCCCCGCUACUUCCACGCCGCGGCCUACGUGCCAGCGCGCCAGGCCAUGGUGGUGCUGGGGGGGCUGGCGGCCGGCGGCGUCGCCAGCGACUGCUGGAUGCUGAACCUCACCACGCUGCAAUGGAGGCAGGAGCAGGUACCCGCACCCAGGUGUGUUGUUUGGGCGCCUGACCCCUCUCUGUUGCCCCCAGGUCUGUACGGGCACUCGGCCGUGUACCACGAGGGCACAGACGCCGUCUAUGUUUUCGGGGGGCAGCGUUUCCACGUGGAGACGGUGUCGGCCUCCCCUGAGCUCUACAGCCUGCACUGCCCCACCCGGACCUGGAGCCUGCUGGCCCCCGCCCAGGGCCCCAAGCCGCUGUCUCACUUCUUCCACGCGGCGGCCGUGCUGCGGGACACCAUGGUGGUGGUCGGGGGCCGCACGGAGACCCAGGACUUCACCAGCCACUUGCUGCUUUACCAGCUCAAGUGCAACACCUGGAUCCUGCCCAACCAGACGGGCCUGGCGGUGGUGGGCGUGCCCAUGAACGAGUCGGUGGCCCACGCGAUGGCCGCGGUCGGGGGCCGGAUCUACGUCUCCGGGGGGUUCAGCGGGGUGGCGCUGGGGCGCAUGGCCGUGCUGACGGUGCCCUCCGACCCCUGCCUCGUCUUCCCCGGCCCCGACGCCUGCAACCGCUCGAGUGCCAGCUGCACCUGGUGCCGCGGCAGCUGCCUGUCCGCCGACGCCGCCGACAGACUGGGCUGCCCGGCUGGGGCGGCCGCCUGCUUCCCCACACCGCGGUCGGCGGAUGAGUGCCGACGCCUGAGGACCUGCAGUGAGUGUCUGGCCCGGCACCCCCGCACCAUGAACCACGGGCUGGUCACCGCGGUGAGUGUGUCCAGCUGCUCCCCUGUCCUCUCCCGGGGGAGCUGGGGGGCACAGAUGGGAGCCGGGUGGGGCACUGGCUGGAGGGGGCGCUGGCCAGGGGUGCGGGUGGUGGGGGCCGGGGCGGGCGGGGCAUACGAGGGGGGGGGUCUCCCAGGGAUCUCACCCUCCCCCCCGCCCCCAGGCGAGACGCGGCGCAUCCUGAGCGUGCAGCCCACCUACGACUGGACGUGCUUCAGCCACUCGCUGCUCAACGUCUCCCCCAUGCCCGUGGAGUCGUCACCCCCCCUGGCCUGCCCCACACCCUGCCACAACCACAGCUCCUGCCACGCCUGCCUGGGCUCCAAGGGGGCCGACGGGGGCUGGCAACGCUGCGUCUGGAGCGUCAGUCUGCGCCAGUGCAUGAGCCCCACCUACCUGCCCAUGCGGUGCCUGGCGGGGCUGUGCGGGCGGGUGCUGAGCGGGACCGAGAGCUGCGCCCCCCCCUGCGCCCGCGCCCAGCAAUGCGCCCGCUGCACCCGCCAGCCCCGCUGCGGCUGGUGCGGCCGCCCGGGCGAGAACGGCCACGGGCGCUGCCUGGAGGGGGGGCUGGGCGGGCCCCGGCACGGGCUGGGGGGGCUUGGGGCGCACUGUGAGAAGUGCCGGCCGCUCUUUGUGGGCUCGGCGCUGAACGGGGGGACCUGCCGGCCCUGCCGCACCUUCUGCCGCGGGAACAGCGACGUCUGCAUCUCCCGCGAGGAGCUGGGGGCCGCCCGGCGAGACCCCGCCCGCUUCCCGCUGGAGCCUGCCUUGGUCCCAGGCUGGGCGGCCGAGGGGCCGGCCGAGGACGUGGCCGUCUGCGUGAGCUGCCAGAACAACAGCUUUGGGGAGAAGUGCGAGAGCUGCCUGCACGGCUACUUCCUGCUGGAGGGCAGGUGCACCCGGUGCCAGUGUAACGGCCACGCGGACACGUGUAACGAACUGGACGGGACGGGCUGCCCCUGCCAGAACAACACGGAGACGGGCCCCUGCCAGAACAGCGCCCAGGCUGACAAGAAAGACUGCUACAAGUACCAGUGUGCCAAGUGCCGGGACUCGUUCCAUGGGGCGCCGGUCGGGGGGCUCCAGUGCUACCGGCUCAUCUCAGUGGAGCAGGAGUUCUGCUUCGACCCCACCUCGCAGAGCAACUGCUUCCACCAGCCCAACCUGCAGCACCUGGCGCGCGGCCGCACCGUGCUCUUCGGCGUGCAGCCCAAGUUCACCAACGUCGACAUCCGCAUCACCGUGGACGUCACCUUCGGCGCCGUCGACCUCUUCGUCUCGCCCGCCUACGACACCUUCGCCGUGGAUGUGGACCGGGCCACGGGGGUGCACGGCGUGCGGGUGCUGGCGCCGGGCGGGGCCGAGGGGGGGCCCAACGGCACGGCCCCGCCCCGGCUGCGGGAGGAGCGCCCCCGCGGGCUCAUCACCUACCUGACGGUGUGGGAGCCGCAGGCCGUGCUGGUGGUGCGGGGCGUGCGGGACCGGGUGGUGGUGACCUACCCCCACGAGCUGCACGCCCUCAAGUCGAGUCGCUUCUACCUCCUGGUGCUGGGGGUGGGCGCCGGCCCCAACGCCAGCGACUCCCAGGGGCUGCUCUUCUUCCGGCAGGACCAGGCCCACAUCGACCUCUUCGUCUUCUUCUCCGUCUUCUUCUCCUGCUUCUUCCUCUUCCUCUCGGCCUGCGUCCUGCUCUGGAAGGCGAAGCAGUUCCUGGACCUGCGGCACGAGCAGCACCGCCAGCUGCAGGAGAUGACCAAGAUGGCCAGUCGCCCCUUCGCCAAGGUCACGGUCUGCUUCGAGCCGGAGGCCGGGCCCCAGGCCGCCGACCUGGUCUUCCUGCCGGCCCGGCCCCACAAGCCGCCGCCACUGCCCGCCCCCCCGGCCCUGCCCAGCCGCCUCAAGCCCUACCCCGAGGCCCCCUACUCGGCCCACUUCCGCCGCUCCGAGCCCUUCCUCUCCCACCUGCUGGGCUACUCCUACUGCACCUUCCGCGUGGGCCCCGUCACGCUGGAGCCCACGGACGACGGCAUGGCCGGCGUGGCCACCGUGCUGCUCCAGCUGCCCGGCGGCACCCAGGCCCCCAACCGCACCUGCCUGGGCUCCGCCCUGGUCACCCUGCGCCACAACCUGCAGGACUAUUGCAGCGGCAGCCACGGGGCCGGGGGCGCCCGCAAGGGGCUGCUGAGCCACGACAACCUCACCAGCAUGUCGCUGUGACACCCCAAUGGUGCUGUGACCGGCUACGACGACCGACCCCCCCCCCUCCCCGGCAUGUCGCUGUGACACCCCCCAUGGCGCUGUGACCGGCUACGACGACCGACCCCCC